AAGUAUAUCAUCGAUUCAACGACGCCGCUGUCAAACAUUGCGUUUUACGAGGAACUAGUUUAUAAAUUCAACUUUACAGACUAAAUUAAUUUUAAAUCUCUGUUCCGUACAAAAAUGAAGAAACACCAAACAAGACAAAAGACUAUAAACGACCCGAUUAUAGUGUCCCGUGUGAAGAAUUAUCUUGCCGAGAAUGUGGACAAGACAUUCGUCGAUGUUAGCCAAAUGGCGCGUUCAUUGAAAGAGCGUUACCGCGAGUACAACAACAGGAGCGACAGCGCCUUCUGUCAGAUGGUAGAAAGUGCAUAUAAAGUCGUAUUACAAAGUUACGGACUUGACGGAGCUUCUACUUCCGACGGUUCAGAGGAGGAAUCCGAUUUAGAGUUAUUAGACGAGAAUAGUAGUGCGUUGAACGACCGCCUGCUCGCCAUGUACAAGAUGCAGGAUAAAAAACGGCCGGCGACUAACAGGAGGAACACAGACAAGUCGGGCGAGCCAAUAGAUAUACUGAGCAGCGACGAAGACGGCAGUGCGGCGCCCAAAUUACCGAAAAUCAAUGACCAAAUUACCAUAACCCCCCACAUACCUGUCAGAAACGCAAAUAGCUCCGCGAUUGAGAACACGCCCUUAAAAUGUCAACAGAACCUACAUACAAAUGAGAAAAAGAGGAAAGCUGAGUUAAAUAAAAUAGUAGCACCAAAGAAAAAGGUUGAUAUUGGCAGUCUGAAAAAUGUUAAGGUUAGUUUUGAUGACAUAGGAGGUUUGUCUGAAAUCAUUACCCAGAUCUGUGAUUUAAUAUUACAUAUGAAGCACCCAGAGGUUUAUAAGCAGUUGGGUAUAAAGGCUCCUAGAGGGGCAUUGUUACAUGGGCCACCAGGGACUGGAAAAACAUUGUUAGCGCAUGCUAUUGCAGGAAAACUUCAGCUUCCUAUGAUUGCCAUCACCGGCACAGAAUUAGUUGGUGGAAUGUCUGGAGAAUCUGAAGAAAGAAUUAGAGAGCUGUUUGAGAGGGCGGUGUCCGUAGCUCCUAGUGUGUUGUUUAUUGACGAGAUAGAUGCAGUUUGUGGCAACCGAGUUCAUGCACAAAAGGACAUGGAGAAGAGGAUGGUAGCCCAAUUACUGGCAUCCUUAGAUUCGUUGACAGAUACCAACGCAUCUGUCCUAAUACUUGCUGCCACAAAUAACCCAGAUGCCUUAGAUCCUGCCCUAAGAAGGGCGGGACGUCUUGAACAAGAAAUCACAUUAGGUAUACCUUCAUUAAAUGCUAGGAAAGAGAUAAUAUCUAUUCUUUGUAAGAAUAUUACUUUAGGUGAAGAUGUGGAUAUGAAUGUGUUAGCUCAAAUAACUCCUGGUUUUGUGGGUGCUGAUUUACAAGCACUUGUAAAUAAAGCCAGCACAUAUGCUGUCAAGAGGAUUUUUACAGAGGUGCGGUCGUUCAAAGUUAAAGUCAAAGAAGAGGAACCUGUUGAAGUGCCUCCUCCUAAUGACGAAGUGUCAAUAAUACCAAAUGGCGACAAAGAAAGUGAAGAAGUGACCUCAAAUGCAGGUGACGCUCCUGCAAGUAUCCCAGAACCUAGUGAAAUUUCAGUGGACAUCCAAGAAGCAUCCAUAGGAACAUUGAGUGAAACAGUUGUAAAUACAGAAGAAAACCAUGUUGCUGAACCAAUCAAGAAACCAGUAGACCCUAUAGAUGAGGUGUUAAGCCUUCUUGAAGAUAUGCCUUACACUAGUGAGCAACUCACAGGCCUUGCUAUCAGGCAUGAAGACUUUGUUAAAGCUCUGAAGACCACAAAACCUUGUGCUGUGAGAGAAGGUAUUGUAACAGUCCCCGAUGUAACAUGGGAUGAUGUUGGAUCUUUGAGCCAAGUGCGUAAAGAGUUGCAGUUAGCUGUUUUAGCUCCAGUGAAGUAUCCAGAGCAGCUUACGAAGUUGGGAUUAUCAGCUCCAAGUGGAGUAUUACUUUGUGGACCUCCUGGAUGUGGUAAAACAUUGCUGGCAAAGGCUGUUGCUAACGAGGCGGGAGUGAACUUCAUCUCAGUGAAGGGGCCUGAAUUGUUGAACAUGUAUGUUGGUGAGAGUGAAAGGGCUGUUCGUACUUGUUUUAGACGAGCAAGAAACUCGGCGCCCUGUGUUAUAUUCUUUGACGAAUUCGACGCACUAUGUCCGCGGCGUACUUCACAAGACAACAAUGGGGCUGCGCGUGUUGUGAAUCAGUUGCUCACUGAAAUGGACGGCAUAGAGACUCGUGAAGGCGUAUUUGUUUUGGCAGCUUCUAAUCGACCAGAUAUUAUCGACCCUGCUGUGUUGAGACCGGGCCGUUUGGACCGCGUUAUGUAUGUCGGAAUGCCGGCAAGAGACGAUCGCUUCGAUAUACUACAGAAGCUUACCAAAGGUGGCACUCAACCGCGUCUGGGACCUGAUGUAGACCUACAAGUGAUCGCGGGAUUAUCGGACGGGUAUACAGGUGCCGAUCUGGCUGGCUUGGUAAGAGCUGCAGCUACAAAUACACUCACAAACCACAUCGCAACCGGAACUCUAGAGGGUGACAUUUUUGUCACAUUUGAAGACUUCAGGACUGCGCUCGCUAAGUGCAAGCCAUCUGUGUCAGCAAAAGAGCAGUUACAUUAUGAGAAGUUGAGAUUGAAGUACGCGUCGGGAGCCGAUGACAGAGAUAUGGAAAUGGAAACUGAGCCUUUGAACGAAGAGUCUAUGGACACUGUGUGAGAGUCACUGAGAUGAUUACAGACUUGAUAUUCCUUUUAAAUACCGCGGCCCCUAUGUUUAAGUGUAUUUCAUACCAAUAGUGCCAAGUUGUUCCUUUUAAGCAAAUUGUUGUGUCUAUUUUUAAUGUCCAUUUCAUAAAUGAGAGAAGCAAUAAAUGGAAUGGGCAAUAAGCUAACAAUCAAUGUGAAAUACAAGUUUCUGUGAAUAAUUAGAGUCAUAGGUAGAUAUGCUCAUAAAGCCAUUAAACUAAAACACCACAUUUUAAAUUCAAGAAUAUGAAAAUUUAUUAAAUAAUAAAAUAUUUUUAACUA